UUUUCCGUUAAAUUGCUCUAAGUUUUUCAAAAUGUCAGUUGCCUCCAAAGAUCAAAAGGUUCCUCCUAAGGCCAACUUAGUUGGCGGAGACACAGCUGAGAAUAGCUCCGGUAAGGAUGCUGUCAAAACUCCUGAUGAGUUAGCUACCCAAAGUCCAGAGCUUUUUAUGUCUCCUACUGCAUAUGUUGCUAGCCUUCCAAAGGUGGUCAAGAGGAGAUUAAAGGCAUUAAAGAAGCUUCAGGUUCUGACAAAUUUAGUUGAAGCCAAGUUUUUUGAGGAGCUUCACAAACUUGAGUGUAACUACCAGCUAAAAUAUGAACAAAUAUUUCUAAAGAGAGCUGAUAUUAUCAAUGCUCGAAUGGAGCCAACAGACGAACAGUGUGAGUGGCCCAAUGAUGAGGAUGACCCUCUGUCUGACAGCUUUGCUCAUGUUAAAAUUGGUGAUAUCGAUGAUAAAGAUCUACCAGACAAUCUCAAAUUAGAUGAAACAACCAAGGGCAUUCCUGAUUUUUGGCUGACCAUUUUCAAAAAUGUUGACAUGCUCAGAGCAAUGGUGCAGCCUCAUGACAUCCCAAUUUUGAAGCAUUUACAAGACAUCAAGGUACACCUUGACACAGAAAAGGGUUUCACAUUGGACUUUUUGUUUGAAGAGAAUGAAUUCUUCACAAAUACUGUGCUCACGAAAACUUACUACCUCAAGUUCAACCCUCAAAAAGAUGAGGAGCUGUUGUACGAAGGCCCAGAAGUUUACAAGUGCACAGGAACAACCAUUGACUGGAAGCCGAACAAAAAUGUAACAGUUCGCUUGGUGAAGAAAGUGCAGAAACAUAAAGGAAGGGGCACAAAGAGAGUUCUCACAAAAACUGUUCAGAAUGAUUCCUUCUUCAACUUUUUCAAUCCUCCAAUGGUUUCAGAGAAUGAAAACGAAAUGGAUGAGGAAACAGAUACCUUGUUGGAGGCUGAUUUUGAGAUUGGUCAAUUCAUUAGGGAGCGCAUUGUGCCUCGAGCCAUCCUGUACUACACAGGGGAGCUUGUAGAUGAUGAAGAUGAUGAGUAUGAUGACGAAGACGAGGCCGGGGAUGAUGAGGACGAAGACGAAAAUUGAACGUUAGCAGCCACUAGGAAUUAGUCUUCAUUUUGUUUUUUCGUUUCUUCAUUUUCUAUCCUGUGUGCUUGUGUUUUUUUGAAUGCUUGUUCAUGUUUGUCUCUAUGUACGUACGUAUACGUUUGUUUCGUGACUGGUUGUAUUAGUGGAUGGAUGGAUGAUGUAUGAACAGAUGAAGAUUGGAAGAAUGAGUUAAUAUUUAUCAUCUUCGUGUUUCUCUGACUUAUAUCGGUAAUCAAACAUCAUUUCGUUUUCUAAUUAAUAAAAUAGAAGUUUUCG